AUGACUGCACCCAACGUGUCAAGGGAGAGGUUCUUUGAAGAGUAUGUGCAUGGGGCAGGUUCAAAUAAACAACAAGAAGCAAUACCAAAGCAAUUCAUGAAUAAGAAAACUAAAUUUGUAUACUCUGAUAGUAGUGAGGAUGAAGAUGGAGAUGAUGACGGGAUUGGCAAUAACAUUCAUAGGAGCACAGAGGAGAAAGAUUUACGUACGGAUAACAUAACCGAUGCUAAUUGUGAAACUCUAGUUGAUGAAAAGCUAGGGUCUCAGAAUGAGGACGACUCGUCUGUUCAAGAGGAAAUACAAGAAGAUAAAGAUGGUAAGGAGGAGGUGACAAAGAAGCAUAAAUUUCAAGAAGGUGAAGCUGGAGAGCAGCCAAUUAAAAAGCAGUGUGUUGAAAUAAGUUCAUCAAAGUCCCCAAAUUUGGCAUCUUCUAAGAUGGAGGAGAAAUCAGUUGAUAAAUUGAUCGAAGCUGAGCUAGCUGAGUUGGGAGACAAAAGUAAGAAUGAUGGACAUCACUUAAUUCUCUACUCACCCCACUGGAUUCUCGAUGUCUUCAUGAGCUCUUUAGAUUUAUCUGUCUGUAAAAGCACUUGUGUCAACUGGGGGCAUAAUUCCAUGACUUCAUGCUCCGUUGUCCUGGGCCUCCUUUAUUUAUCUGUGGACAGUCUCAAAGAGUUCCAAACUAAUUAA